CUCACAAUUCUCUCAUUCUUCAUCUCAACACCUUUCUCUCUUCCUCCUUAUUUGCAAUUUUAAUAAUUUGCUUUUGAAUUUUCUCAUUCUCCUGGUACUUAGUUUGAUCAUCUGCAUAUACAUAUGGAUUCUCUUUCAUUUGUGGGGUUUUUCUUAGUGAUAUUUUUGAGUUUUCUUUGUUCAUCACAAGGCUAUAAGUUCUAUGUUGGUGGCAAAGAAGGCUGGGUGUUAGAGCCUUCUGAAUCAUAUAGCCAUUGGGCUGAAAGAAAUCGCUUUCAAGUCAAUGACACUAUUGUGUUCAAGUACAAGAAAGGAUCAGAUUCAGUUCUGGUGGUUCACAAAGACGAUUACUUCAAAUGUAACAAGACAAAGCCAAUCCAUAAUAUAAAAGAUGGUCAUUCAAAGUUGAAAUUUACAAGAUCAGGUCCAUUCUACUUCAUCAGUGGACAAGAUGAUCACUGCGAAAAGGGCCAAAAGGUUCUAGUUGUUGUCAUUUCUCCCAAUCAUCACAAAGGCCAUAAAUCUCCAAGUCCAGUCACACAAACACCGUCAAGUUCUCCGGUUACAGCCCCAACUUCAUCGGGAUCUGUUUCACCGGCUCCAGCUCCGGCUAAGUCGGAUGCAGUAGAUGUUAGUUCAAGUGUUUUGGUUUGGGUGUUUAGUUUGAUUAUGGCAACUGUUUUUCUGUAAUUUGAUUUAAUUUGUUGUGUUACUUUUGUUUUUUUUUAAUGUGUUUAGCUAGAUCAGUAGAUUGUGUUUUUAAAGUUGUGUUAUGACAAUUAAGAUCUUUUUUCCGUUGUUUCGUGCUUGAUUUCUUUUUGCU